AUGUCUCUGCGAGGGCACAAGGAUACCACUUGCAAUCCUGCCAUGGCACCAACAAGGUCUAGCAAAUGGGCUCAGACAAUUGACUCUUCCUAUGCCGACUGGAUAUGCCUGCUCUUGUGCUUCAAUACCGGGCUAUGCGACAGUUGCGCAUUCAACUCCUGGUCCUGUUUCCUCGCCAUGCAAACCGGAAACACAAUCGUGCUCGGACUGGGAGCAUCCCAACAACCCAUCGGAUCCCCCCACGCAUGGAGCCGGUCCCUAGUCUCGAUCUUCUCUUUCAUAAUCGGCGGCAUUUUUUUCGCACGUCUGACCCAUUUUCUGGGACCGCGCCGCCGCGGCACGCUAGUCAUAUCAUUCGCCAUCCAAAGCAUCAUGAUCAUCGUCACUGCGGCGCUGAUCCAGACAGGCGUGAUCCAAAAACAGAUUGGGAACGCCUUCACGUUCGAAAAUCCAAAUCUGGCUCUGAUCCCCAUCGCACUGAUGGCGUUUCAAUCCGCCGGCUCGAUCAACUCCACCCGUGUCUUGGGUUUCAAUGAGAUUCCUGGUGUCGUAUUGACAAGUGUUUAUUAUGAUCUCGCCUCGGAUGCGCUUUUCUUCCAGGAUUUAGCCGCAAACCCGAAACGGAAUCGUCGUGUCGCGGGGGCUUUGAUGCUUUUGACUGGGGCCAUUGUGGGAGGUUGGUUAAGUCGAUCUGCGGGGGGUAUGGCGGUAUCGCUGUGGCUGGCUGCAUUCUUGAAGUUUACGGCGGGCGUCGGCUGGUUUUUCUGGAGUCCUGCAUGA